CGCAGCGCGGGCGCCAUGACCGGCGCCACGACCCCGUCAGCGCGACUCUGCGGGCCCCGCGCGCUCCAGCCCCGCCCCACGCAGGGGCCAAUCAGGCGCGCGCCCCCGCCCCACGUGGGAGCGCGGCCGGCGGCCAAUGGGCGCGCGCGGCGGGGGGCGGAGGGCAGGCCGCGCCGCCGUCGACGCGGGGACGCUCGCUGGCUCGUUCCCUCCCUCAGACGCUAUCCAAUGAUGCUGUUUGGAACAAUUUCCCAGCGGUUGUGUGGCUUAAAGAAACUCCCAUGGUCAUGUGACUCCAGACACUUCUGGGGCUGGUUGAAUGCAGUGUUUAAUAAAGUGGAUCACGAACGCAUCCGGGACGUUGGUCCCGACAGGGCGGCGUCCGAGUGGCUGCUGCGCUGUGGGGCUAUGGUGCGCUACCAGGGCCAGGAGAGGUGGCAGAAGGACUACAACCACCUCCCGACAGGCCCUCUGGACAAAUACAAGAUUCAGGCGAUCGACGCCACCGACUCCUGUAUCAUGAACAUUGGGUUUGACCACAUGGAAGGCCUACGGCAUGUGGAAAAAAUAAGGCUCUGCAAGUGUCAUUACAUCGAGGAUGCCUGUUUGGAGAGACUUAGUCAACUUGAAAACUUACAGAAAAGCGUGUUGGAAAUGGAAAUAAUUUCCUGUGGGAAUGUCACAGACAAAGGGGUGGCAGCUUUGCACCGUCUGAGAAACCUCAAGUAUUUGUUGUUAAGUGAUCUUCCUGGAAUAAGAGAAAAAGAAAACCUUGUCCAAGUCUUUAAAACAACACUGCCUUCUCUGGAACUAAAAUUAGAUUUGAAGUAAAAUAAUAAUAUUCAAUAAGUGUCUUAUUUCAAUAUGAAGUAUCAUUUGAAAUUGGCGAUCCUAAACAGCAACAAAUAUUAUAUAAUCAUCAAUAAAAUUAUACGGAUGCCAUACCAUGACAUUUUAGAAGCAGAGAGUCCAUCAUGUAGAAAAUAAAUAUUCAGAUGUGACUCACUCAAGUUACUAAGUUGGAAGGGAGAAUUUAUGUACAUUAAGUCAUUUAAGAAAAAUGUAAACCAGGUAGCAUUUUAAUUUGAAUGUAUUCCUCAUAUAGAUAGCUCUUGAUGUAGAUAUUCUUUAUUGUAUUUUAACAGUAAUUUGUUACAUUUUACUUGAAAGUUAUUGAAGCAUGUUCCUAUGAAUGUACAGUUAGGAAACACUGAAAGCUACAUUUCAGAUCCCUGAUGGAGGAGCCACUCACACCAAGUGGUCUGGUUGACGAGGCUUCAUGUUGCUCCCAGGAUUUGCAUGCUCAUUCUUGUGGUCUUUAUUAUACACACCCUUUCUCUGAAUGAAUAGCUCUGGCUACUUUGUCUGUUUUGUAAGCUUAGUCUGUUGUUUUUUUCUGUGUGUAAAGUUUUUUAAAACUAGUCAUAAAUGCUUGGCUGAAUUCAAAUAGUUGUGCUGGUUGUGGUGGAACAGAGGGAACAUUCAUGAAGACCAGCCCAGCUGUGAUAAAGAAUAUCAUAAAUAGAUAAAAAUAGAUCUUUAUUUUUACCCACUUGAAAUGGCCCUGAUUCUGUUAUUAAUCAUAUACCAACUUGUUUGUGGACUUCUGUAUGUUUGGUUUGAACAUUAAGUUGUUGAAUACAACCUUGAGUAGAAAUUA